AUGGAGAGCAUGAGUGCUCCGCGGCCGAUGGACAGCCAGCAGCUCCAGGGAUUCAUGUCUCCAAUAGCCGAAGUGAAUCCUCAUACUGACAGCCUACUCGAUGGAGUCGUGGUUGAUGAGGAAGCAUUUAUCGCGGGCCCUUCCGCUGAGCUUGUUAGUAUUGAAAAUGAUCCCUUGAUCGAUUCAUACUACAGGAACUUUCACCGAUUACACCCUUUCCUCUUACCAUGGAAGGCCUUAAUGAGGAUCUGUCAAGAUCCGUCCAAACAGCUUACUGUCAAACCGCUUAUCGCCAUCAUGCGCUUUGUCGGGAAUAUUAUGAGGUCGCAAGAAUGGUCUAUUCCGCUGAAAGAUCAUGCCGAAUCCUGCUUCAUGGAAGUACCACCAACUGAUCCCAUUCUGGUCCAAUGCCGACUCUUAUACUCCAUACCUCUGUUCUGGUACGAACAUAAGACUGAAGCUAAGUGGCAAAUGGAAACUGCAAUGCGGCUCGCCAUUGAUUUGAGAAUGUCUGCAAAUGAAUUCCUGACAAAGCAUGGUGACAACGAUUCGGUAUUACAGGAAACUUGGAGGCGGACAUGGUGGAUGUUGUUCACCGUAGAUGCCUAUUAUGCAGGGACUUUGGGAACUAUGAAUUUUGAAAUCUUGAAAAUCGAAACUUCUAUGACCCUACCUUGCGACGAAUCGGAAUAUGAAUCAGGGCUUAUCCAGGCACAGGAGAUCCCCGAGCCCAAAACCCUGCAAGAUUUCGACUGCCGUGAAUUCACCUCCGAUGAUAUCGUAUUUUCAUCCUUUGCCUACCUUAUUGGUGCUGUACGAUGCAUAGCCUCGGCAAUAUCCACGGUCCCAAAUAUCGCCGGGAAUGAGGUUUCAACGAACGUGAUACAGGCUUCCGACUCCAUCCUGAAUGGAUGGUUGCUUUUGUUGCCGGAUAAUCGCAAACAAGUCAUGGAUAAGGCAGGAGAGAUUGAUGAGCUCAUGUUUCAAGCGCACUUGCUCAUUCAUGUAGCCACCAUUGGCUUGCACCGACCAUUGUCAGAUCUGAAACAUUACUCUGUUGAAGAAAUUUCGAGCUGCGCCCGGAAGCCAAGCCCUGAUAUGCCCACGCCGGACCUGAUAAAUGUUCACACCGUGCGUGUCCUACGCGCGGUGGAGGCACAGGUCCAGCUUAUAGCGUUACCUACUGGCAAAUUCCACCACAGCCCCUUUGUCACCUGCAUGAUUAGUAAGGGUGUGUUAUCGCUGCUUUCGGCUUGCAAAUUUUGCCUCAGUGGAAAAGAAUUGAUGAUUGCAAGAGACCAGAUCCGAAUGAUCAUCGGCUGUCUCAAGGCACUAGGCAAAGUGUGGCCAAGAACAGCAAGAAAUGUGAGGGAGAUCCAGACGAUUGCUUCCCACAUCCUUGGACUUGAGUCUAGGGCGGGGGGCGACUGUCAGGGGAAUAAGCCCAGUGAAGUGCCAGGCCCUACAAGUGGCGAAGGGCAGGGAACCUGGGCAGCGGAUGCAUGUGCAAUCACCACGGAUAUUGAUAUACCAACUUCCUUAGGCUCUAUUGAGGAUCUAUGUGGAUGGUUCAGUGCUGGAAUACCCGACUCGCAUAAUCUGUCAGCAUGGUCGAUUGGCUCUGAGAUGUGA